AUGGCAUCCGGAAGAGCUGAGCCAGCAUUCUGUAGGGGGGAGCACACCAUGAAGAUUUCCAUGGAUGUUUUUAAAGAAAACCGUAACAGGCUGUGUGAUCGACUGAGUAACAACCCUGAAGUACCAAGAGGAGCUAUUGUCCUUUUGCAAGGUGGAGAAUCAGAGACUAGGUACUGCUCAGAUCAUGAACCGCUCUUUCGCCAGGAAUCUUAUUUUCACUGGCUAUUUGGUGUUGAAGAACCAGACUUUUAUGGAGCUAUUGAAGUUGAUUCAAGAAAGACAAUUCUUUUUCCACCAAAGUUACCAGACUCAUAUGCUGUUUGGAUGGGCAGGCUGCUUUCUGCCGAGGAUUUCAGACACCGAUAUGAUGUCGACGAAGUUUAUUUUGCUGAUUCUAUUAAAGACAUUCUGACUGGCAGGACACCAUCUGUCCUCCUAACUUUGUAUGGAAAGAAUACUGACAGUGGCAAAUACAGCAAAGAGGCAGUUUUCCCAGGCAUUGGAAGUUUCAACCUGAACAACACAAUUCUUCAUCCAGAAAUUUCAGAAUGCCGCGUGUUCAAAUCAGACAAAGAACUGGAAAUUCUACGUUAUGUCAAUAAGAUCAGCAGUGACGCCCACAAAGCAGUGAUGGCUGGUGUGCAGCCUGGAAUGUAUGAGUAUCAAGCAGAGAGCAUCUUCAAAAACUAUUGCCAGUUCAUGGGUGGAAUGAGAGCCAUGUCAUACACUUGCAUUUGUGCCAGCGGAGAGAACGGAGCUGUGUUGCACUAUGGUCAUGCUGGUGCUCCCAACAGCAAACAGAUUCAAGAUGGAGACAUGUGCCUGUUUGACUUGGGGGGAGAGUAUUACUGUUAUGCCUCGGACAUCACCUGCUCUUUUCCAGCCAAUGGUAAGUUCACUCCUGAGCAGCGACAAGUGUACCAAGCUGUGUACGAUGCCAGCCGCGCAGUAUUGGCAGCAUGCAGAGCAGGUGUAAGCUGGAUGGACAUGCACAAACUGGCAGAAAAGGUAGAGCUGGAAGCACUAAAAACAAUGGGUCUAGUUCAAGGAAAUGUGGAUGCCAUGAUGGAAGCCCGGCUUGGUGCCGUCUUUAUGCCUCAUGGCCUUGGUCACUUCAUGGGAAUAGACACACAUGAUGUGGGAGGAUACCCAGAGGUCACUGAACGUCCAACAGAGGCUGGGCUGCGCUCACUGCGCACAGUUCGAAUUUUGCAGCCACGCAUGGUGAUCACUGUAGAGCCUGGCCUGUAUUUUAUUGACACACUUCUUGAUGCAGCUUUGCAAAAUCCUGUGCAAAGUCAGUUCCUUGUGCGAGAAGUGAUUGACCGUUUCCGUGGUGUGGGAGGAGUACGUAUCGAAGAUGACAUUGUUGUGAAUGAAGAGGGCAUUGAGUUGCUUACUUGCGUGCCACGCACAGUGGAGGAGAUUGAGAAAGUCAUGGCUGAUGCUAAAAAAUCCCAUGGAUCCUUACCACAGUUUACAUCAAAACAGUAAAUCUUUUGACCUGCUGAAGAGACUGAAAACAAACUGUUUAUAAAGACAGUUUACACAUUAUUCCUUCAGAUGUUCAGAAGCGCAGACAGGUUAUGUUUGAGGAGAACAAGACAACUUGUAGAGUUUGUUUUUAUUUUGAAGAGAUAUGCAGAUAUGUUUAUUUUUUUAUUUGCAUUUUAUUGCAUGUUCUUGGACAUUUAUAUGGACCAAUAAUUGUAUAAAAAGCCUUCAAUAUUUUAUGACAUCAAGAUGGUAUAUGAUUUCAAGAGAUUAUUUUAUAAAACUUUGUUGCUGAUUAUGAAACAUACUGAAAUGACACUGUUAUCUCAAUCUCUGAAACUUAAUAAUAUAUAUCUAAACAUUUUGUCUGGUGGAUUAUUUUGCAUAGAUUUAUUUUGAUAAUAAUUGCAGACUCUGUCCCAAAUAUUUUUUGCCCUUAAUAUGGAGUUAGCAGAUUUGUUAAUGUGUUUCUAAACUAUCUCUUUUUAUGGUUGCUGGUUAAUAUGACAGCCUUUCUGCCUUUCUGGUUAAUAUGACAGCCUUUAUGUUAACUACCAGAUUAUUCUCCAGCUUGCUGACUCAUGUUGGCAACUUAUUUGUGCUGAUGUGCUUUUGUGUUUCGACUUUUGUGGUAUAAACACAUUCAAAAACAAAA